UUUUACUCCUUUUCGUAUACAUGACAUAUAAACAGGACUUGAGAUGCGUGCAUGCCUGAGUUGUUUAUAUGUUUGUUUGUCGAUCAAAUAACAGAAACAUAUAACUCGUAACUGAAUGUGAAAUUUAAUCAAAUAAACGAUGAGUCUAUUUUUGGAGGAUUUUCAAUAAAUUACAUCAAAUUACUGAGUAUUACAAGGAAAUUUAAUUUUAUACUGAAUGGAAAUUCAUAUUUAUAGAAUAGAAAAAUGCAAUCAUUAAGAGGAAUAUUUCCCAGGCCCAAAGAACCACCAAAACGUGAUUUUAUUAAGGAAAAUGUGAAAAAUUUAAAAUUAAUGCAACGACGCAAUCAUAAUCCUAAUCAAGUAAGCGAUACAGGUGAUUUCGAGAAAAAACAGCGAAAAAUUCGAUCAACGUCACACAGUCGACUUCGUUUAUCGUCAUCAAAUUCGGUCAAGAAUAUUGCUGCAUUAAGCAAAAGCAUUGAAAAUAUUUCGAAUCAUGGUGAAAAAAUCCGUCCGCUUAGUGUUCAAAGUCGUGAUGCAUACAGCCAAACGGAAUCGGUUGACGAUGAACUUUUUCUAAAAGAUGUUAUCAUCAGAUUACCAUCGGCAUCGAUUAGCAAAAAUAAAACCAACAAAAGCGAAAUUACAUCUGAAUAUGAAUGUACGCGCCAGCAUGUAGACAGUGAAGAUCAAGGAGACCAUGUUGAAAAGUAUCAGGAAAAUGUUGACGGUGGUGAAACGGAAGAGGUGCUAAUCCAAUUUGAUGAACAGAAUAAGACAAAAAAUUCGGCAGCACGGGAAACGCUUGCUACAGAAAUUGAUAGACCCAUUCAUCAAUUUAGUACUCGAUGUGAACACAGUCUGCAGAUAUGUGCAAAUGAUAACAGCAAACCAGUUGUACCCUCAUAUUCAGCCUAUCGCAAAGGUGAAAUUCCCAAGUAUUUGAAAGAGAUGAAAUUUCGAGAAGAAGAACGAAGUCGUCUCAUGUCUCUAGUUGACGUAAAUUGUCCGCCAGGACAUACUGUUCUAACCGAAUCUGAACGCCUCGAAUCAUUGAAUAUUGCUCAAAAAAAAUACCAGGACCUGAUUGAUGAAUUAAACCAUAUGUCAUUGACAUCAAAAACAUUGCGAAUACGAAAUCGACAAAUUGAAAUUGAAAAAGAGCUGAGGCAACUAGACAAUUCCAUACAAAUAUUUUCACGAUCAAAAGUCUAUGUGAAAAUCGAAGAUUGAUGUUCGUGCCUUCGUUAAUUGAACUAUUCGAGAGACAAGAGAGUAUUACACUUUUAUGUAUACGUUGAAGAACACAUUGAAAAAAACAAAACAAAAACAAGUGCACUUAUUUAUAUGUAAAUAUAUCUUUGAUUGAUUGUAAUUUAAAGAUUUCAGACAAAAAUCUUCAUUUUAAAAAUAA